AUGGAAAGAAGCAUGGACGCCGGGGGAAAGAAACGAGCUCGCGCUUCUAAAACUAAGAAAGGUGGACAAGCAGCUCAGAUCAGGACAGCUGAAGAGGAAGCCAAGAGGAAGGAGGUUUUGAAGGAGACGCUGAGGGAGAAGCUCGAGUUGGAGCGGAGAGCUCUCCAGGUGGUGGACCGGCUCCUGGACGACAACGUGCAAGAGGAUUUCCUCAUAGACUGUGCUCGACUGAUCGCACCAGCAAACUACAGUGAUGCCGUGGAGGAACGCUUCAUCGCCAGAAUGUGUGGCUAUCCCGUCUGUUCCAACAAACUCACUAAAGUUCCAACUCAACAGUAUAAAAUUUCCACCAAGACCAAUAAGGUGUAUGACAUCACCGAGCGUAAGUGCUUCUGUAGUAAUUUCUGCUUCAAAGCUUCCAAAUAUCUCGAGGCCCAGAUAUCCAAAACGCCGCUGUGGCUGAGGAAGGAGGAGAGACCUCCUGAGGUGAAGCUCUUGAAGAAGGGAGACGGAGGGACGUCGGGUCUGGAGAUAAAGCUAUCAGACAGACCCUUAAGCAUAUCGGACGUCGAGAAUCCGAUCUCGGAAGCGCCCGGGUCGCUGGGAGGCUCCAGCGGGAACGAGGACAGCGAUGAAGAGCAGGGCUUCGUGUCCAGCGUGGUGGCCCGAGAGCAGCCGCAGCAGCAGAGGCGUGUUCGGUGGGGGGAUCUGCCCACACGACAUGACGGGGAAAAGCAAACGCACGACGGUGACGCCGAAGUGAGACGUGUGAGACGAGAGCGAGACAAGCACGGUGAUGACGUUAAAGUCAGGGACUCCGGGUCGGUGGAUGAAACCAGCGAGCUUCUACAGCAGGUCACUCUGUCUGACGCUCCUGCUUCACCUGAACACUCUCUAAACACGAAUCUCAUCAUCUCCCAAGUGGGGAUGAGCAGGAAGACCGCCGCCGGACUCAGAAACCUGCUAAAGAGCCGCGGGAAUGCGGGUGCUGAAGCUCCGACGGUCACACUCGGCCUGCUGGAGUCUCUCACACACACCCUGAUGGAGUGGAGGACCGAGGAGACCAUGAGGUUCCUGUAUGGAGCAGAUUACACCUCACACACCGAAGCUGAGCUGCAGAGCGUUGAUGAUGAGGAGGAGGAGGAGGAGGAGGAGGAGGAAGAGGAACUGGAUGAAGAUGACCUAGAGGAUGUAGAGAAGGUGCAGCGUUCAGGACGACCUUCAGGAGGAGGAGGAGGAGGAGGAGGAGGAGCUCAGGCUCGACCCUCUGCACCAGCACCUGAUUAUGAGGCUCUGAGGAGAGAAGCGGCGUUGCUGGAGGUCCGAGUGCACGAGUUUUACAGAGGAGCGCUUGUCCUGCCUGAGGAGACGCAAACCCAGGCCGUGGAGGAGAAAACACACGUCGAGGAGAGGGAGGACGCCCCGCCGCUGCCGCUCGUCGACUCCAAGGCUCAGCGAGCGAUCCAGAGGCGCAUUGUUGUGGAGAAGCUCUGCAGGAGUUUACAAGACGUCGCCGGGCCGCUGGGUGUGACCAUGAGCGAGAUCAUCAACGAUGUUAACGCCAUAGUCCGGACCUUCAGAUUUACAAACCUUAACAUCAUCCACAAGCCUCCUGAAUGGACAUUAAUUGCUGUCAUUUUGCUUUCUGCGUUAACCGAAGUGUCUCCGUCGCUGAGGGAGUCGAUGACGAGGACGGGUUCAGUUGAGUACAUCAGCUUGCUCAUGAAGGAGCUCAGACUGAAAGAUGAAGAUCUACAGAGCCUCGUGAAGCUCUUCAAGCCUGAGAGAAAAGCGCACGCUGUACAGCAGAACCGCAAUAAAUAACAAUGCAAUCUGUACAAUCUGUUUUUUUUUUUUUUGUUUAUUAAUAUGAAAUGCAUAAAUGCAAAGGCGUGAACUAGAAAACAAGAUUCAUAAACAGCUUUACUUAAUUAUCAAACAGUAAUCCUAAAGAAAGUGUCAAUUUGGUUAUAGGUUAGACGUUUCAGUCUGAUUUUUCUAUGUUUGUUUUGACGGCUGUGAAGUUAUUAAACCGUUUGUAACGGUGAUGAUUAUUAAAAUGUCUGGAUUGUAUGUAA